GCUUUAACGUGUACUUUACGGCUCCACAGACAGCUCAAAGCCGAAUUGCGCAAUCACCUCGGCAGGAUUUUUGAAUCGUUUGCGCCAGUGCACCCAAGAGACUUUAUAUUUGUUCUUAACUUCAACAAGUGGACUGUCAAGGGACUCUGUCCUUGUCUCAAAUGAUCCCGCAACCCGGCGGGUGCUAAGAUCCAUGGAAGUGGCCGGUUUUUACGAGGGGGAUUGCCUUGAUUUUCACGGCGGUAACAGCGCUAAUUGCCAUAACAGUAACAGUUUUAGAAAGCAGCACGCUGACGGUUCGAUGACGGAACUGGGCAUUGCAGAACACGAAAAAACGAUAGACUUCAGCAUCUACCUGGAUCCCACUUUGCAUUACCAGCAACAGGCAACUCUAAACGAAACCUUGGACCAGCCUCGCGGGGAGGAUAUCUUCGCCGAUUUCCUUGCUGAGGAAAGCAAGAAUAAACGGGCCGCCUCCACACAAAACUACAGAAGCUUCGUGACACUGAACAACCUGAGACCCAGUCAAAACAGCAACCCCAGAGAACCAGGCAUCCUCGGCUACCCCGAAUUACAAGAAACCCGAGUUGACACCGUAUUUAGCCCACAGUUUCUUGGUGGCUACCUUAAACCCGGGUUAAAACAAGAAGUGCAAGAAGACGCAAGAAUGGACAGUGGCUCUUCAGGUUAUGAGAUGAGAUCCUAUCUGCAGUAUCAGUCGGCCCCGAGUGACAGCCUUGGGGACAUUUCGACAGCCUCUUCCUGUAGUCCACCUGGGACACCUGCCCCGCCAGGUAGAAGCAGGUCGCCACACCAUGGCAAAACGCCUUCCAACGGCAAGGGGAAGAAGCAGCUGGAUAGGAACAGUGAGGAAUACAGGCUGCGACGCGAGCGGAAUAACAUCGCGGUGAGAAAGAGCAGGGACAAAGCGAAAAUGCGCAACAUCGAGACGCAACACAAGGUGCUGGAGCUGGCGGCAGAGAAUGAACGCUUGCAGAAACGCGUGGAGCAGCUGUCGAGAGAGCUGGCCACCCUUCGAAACUUGCUCGCUGCUACCGGACAGUGCUGACCCCAAGUCGUCUGCAAUCGGACAUGGUACUGCUAAGAAUCUUAAACUGGUACUUCUAAGAACUUUGGGACUGUAUCACAGC